AUGUCCACGCCUACGAGACGUCCUGAGUCUAUCAGCACUGAAGAUGGAAAUGAGAGGCACAAUGCAGGUGUGGUCCCCAAGGCGAGGAAGAGCAUGUCAGAUCAUCUGAAGAGAGCCAUGCUCGUUAAUGCAGCAGCUCCUUCUAGUGUCUCACGGACUGCAAUGCAGAAGGAGGCCGUAGUUACAGAGGAGAUCAGUGUUGCCAUGCAGGCUAUGGAAUCUGUCUCCAUGGAGAAAAUGGACCUUAGGCCUUUCUUCGGUCUUCCCACCAAAGUGAAGGCGCUGAUAUGGUUGGCCAGUUUUGACCUGGAGCUGGACUUCAUGGUGGAGGAGUAUGCUGGCAGUAAGGGCAGGUUCCCUCCAGUGAAGAGAAGUGGCAAGAGGUCCCUGUACAUCGCCACCAUAGAGAAGGCCCACAGCCUGAUCAACUCCCUCAUAGAGGCCAACAGACUGGACAAUGUGGGGCUGGUGGUUGUUGACGAGCUCCACAUGUUGGGUGAUGGUAGCAGAGGAGCUAUCAUUGAGAUGACUCUAGCCAAAGUGCUCUAUGUCAACAAGUCAACUCAGAUCAUUGGAAUGAGUGCUACUCUGGGCAAUGUCCAAGAUCUUCAGAGGUUUCUGAGCGCAGAUAACUACACUAAUGACUUCAGACCGGUCGAGCUUAUGGAGUAUGUUAAACUGAAGGACAGCAUAUACGAGGUGGAGCCAAAAGAGGAGGAGUGCUUCAGGUUCUCUCGGCUCCUAAACUUUAAGUACUCCAGUGCAAUACAGAAGAUCGAUCAGGAUCAUAUUGUUGCCUUGGUAACUGAGGUCAUUCCAAGCCAGUCGUGCCUUGUCUUCUGUCCCACCAAGAAAAAUUGUGAGAACAUGGCUGAGAUGAUCUGCAAAUACAUGAAAAAGGACUUUAUCCAGUGCAUGCAGGCGAAGGCUGUGUUGCUGGGGGAGCUAAGGAGCAGUGGGAACGGCUCCCUGUGUCCGGUGCUCAAGAAGACAGUGCCGUACGGCCUGGCCUAUCACCACAGUGGGUUGACCAGUGAGGAGAGGAAGCUGGUGGAAGAGGCUUACUCUGCUGGGGUUCUCUGUCUCCUCAUCUGCACCUCCACACUGGCUGCCAGGAUCAACCUACCUGCUCAGAGGGUGAUUCUGCGUUCUCCGUACAUGGCAGUAGACUUCCUGAAGAGGAGCCAGUACAAGCAGAUGGUGUGGAGUGCUGGACGGGCCGGGAUAGACACUCAUGGAGAGAGCAUCCUCAUCCUACAGGACAAAGACAAAGUCAUGGUCAAAAAGCUUGUGUCCGUGCCAAUGGAGAUCUGUAAAAGCAACCUAAUGCAUGAUAACGGAAUGGGUGUCCUGAGUCUCAUCCUGUCAGUCAUUGGAUUAAAUAUCACGAACAGCUUAGAGCAGGUCAUGGACUUCAUGGAUGGCACGUUGUUGUCUGUCCAGAAGAAACAGGUGUGCUUGGAGAGGAGCCUGUGGGAGGUGACACAGGAGUGUGUUGAGCUGUUGAAAGAGAAAGGCCUUGUCACUGUGUCCACAGAGCCACAGGAUAGGACUCUGCAGGUCACCAAGCUAGGAAGAGCUACUUACAAAGGCUCAGUGGAUCUGACCUACUCUGGGGUCCUGUAUAGAGAGCUGUCUAAAGGCCUGGAGAGCCUGAUGCUGGAUAGUUUCCUCCACCUGGUCUGCCUGGUAACACCCUAUGACAUGGUCUCCCAGUGCAAGCCUGAUUGGAUGAUCUACUUCAGAUAGUUCACAAUGUUGUCCGCUGCGGAGCAAAAAAUGUGUGCAGCAGUUGGAAUGCCUGAGAGUUUCGUUGCUAGAAAGGCUGCUGGCCAGAAUGUGAAGGUUUAG